UACAGGAGAAGGGACUCCCUAUCUCAACCCUUUGCCAACAUCAAAGUACCCAUACAGUCCCCAAAUUAAGGCUGCACUAAUGAUAGGCAUAUUAACACAUGCCUUAAUAAGCAAAUCAAACCUAUAAGAAAAUACAAUCAAAUUGUUAUAUAAAAUACCUAUUUCAGCCUAAACUAUUUACUAUGUAGAUUAAUUUGGCUCUAACUUGUAAAUAUUUAAUUGACCGUUAAGUUGGAUGUAAAACAACGACUUUCCUUAUGUAAAACAACGACUUUCCCUAUGCAUUACUUGAAUCACGAACAUCAUGACCGAUCCCCUAGAUCCAGACUAUGAUACCACUUGUUGAGAGCGAAUGCUCCACAUUUUAAUACGAUAUUUUCGGUUGUAAACCAAACUCACAUAGAUUUUGCAUUGGGAAUCUUCCCAAAUUGGUUCGUACUAAAAGUGCUAUCUAGACAAUUAUAUGUAAGGAUACUUUCACUUAUUUUCCCCGAUGUAGUAUUUGAAUUGUAUCCUAACACUAUUUACUAUUGCGGUAUUAUUAGCUAGUGUAUUUUCUUUAUAAAAAAUAACAAUUAUAUGGCCAUAAAUUGAAUGCAACAGUCUGGAAACUUUGUUAAUGCUAAUUAAUUGCUAUAAUAAUAUAUUGUCAUGAAAAUUAUCCCGUUAUAAUGUUAUAUAUGCAUAUCUUUUACUAUACAUAAACUUAUAUUUAUUAUGUGAAUGUUAUAGAGUAGUUCAUAACUAUGUUUUAGAAACCGUACGGUAUUGCUCAUCGAAAUCAAUAUAUCAGAUACCAGACAAUUGAUAAACACUUUUAACGGUACAAAAUAAUUUGAAUCGCGGUUAAACCACCAUUUACCCAAUCACCCAUUGACGAAUUAAUAAACAAAUUCCCACACAAUCACUUUUCUUCCUCUAUAUAUAGUGAAGUAGAUCCACAGCCCUCUCCUCAGUCUCUCACUCGAUCAAACUCGCCUCUACUAAAACCAAUACAUCAUUUUUUGGGAAGAAGAGGAAAGUAGUUUAAUAAGUGAAAGAAAAAAAUAUGAUGGCCUCGUCAUCCAAUUCGUACAGGUUCUCCUCUGGGCCGAUCAUGUGGUGGAGCUUGGUGGUGGCGGCGAUGGUGGUGCUAGCUGCGGCGCGUGGGGCGACGGCGGCGGUGGCGUGCAGCCCAGUGCAGCUGAGCUCGUGCGUGUCGGCGAUCCGAUCGGCGACGCAGCCGUCGAAGCUGUGCUGCGCCAAGAUCAAAGAGCAGAGGCCCUGCCUCUGCCAGUACAUGAAGAACCCAGCGCUGAAGCCGUAUGUCAACACCCCUAACGCCAGGAAGGUCGCCUCCACUUGUGGCACCCCAUUCCCCAAGUGCUAAGCACCCGUGUUUGUGAAAUCGUACCGUACUGGUGGUCCGACCAUGAACCUUACGUGUUGCAGAGUCUAAAUUGUUGGUUGUUUUCAGCGGUAUUAAACGGGUUGAACCACGAUUUUAGCAUAAAAUACCAUAUAUCGUGCUGACUUUUCCGGUACGAUUUUCCGAUGAGUAGUUAUGACGGAUUAGCUAAGUAUUGCUCUUCGAGUUAUUGUGUUGUCUUAAGUGGGUGUUGGUGUUGAUGUAUGUGUCUAGCAUUAGUAGUGAGUUGGAUAUGGUCAAAUAAAAAUGUCAUUGUCAUGUCUUCCAGUAUCCUUAUUUCAUGUGUGUGUCUGUUCAAUCAUAAUUGGUCUAAUGAAUUUGGGCAUUCAGC